UGAAGUGAAUUGAUUUCUGUUCGGUUGUUUCCGACCCGUUUGGGAACUCAUUCCGGCAUGUACUCACCACAGCUUCCCCUGGCUGGUCGCUUCUCGUCGUCGUCCUCCUCCUCCGACUCGCACGCAGAGUUUGGACGGUUGGAAGCUUCUCUGCUUCAACUGAUCAACGAUCACCAAUAUACCUCUCUCAAACUCCGCCAACACACCGAGAAAGCGAAGAAAGAUGCGAUUAGAACAGCGGUGCGUGUUUCUGAUCUUUUAAUGGAUGCGGUGAAUGGAGGUGUGCAAGAAGCUUUCAUAAACGAGAAGCGAAUCGAACUCGAAAUCAGGGCAUUGGCCUCCACAAUUAUGCGAUUCGCCAAGCAGACCGAUCACUGGCUUGCUGCUUCUCAUGCUAUCAACACUGCUGUCAAGGAAAUUGGAGAUUUUGAGAACUGGAUGAAGACUAUGGAAUUUGAUUGUAAGAGCAUCAAUGCUGCAAUCCGCAACAUUCACCAAGCAUGACCUCACUCUUAAAGCUAUUUGUAAUGUAAUUCUGAACUCUUUUUUUUAUUAGUAAUUCUGAAUAUUUUGUAGAGGUUUUAUCUUCUAUGUACAGUCUCAUGAAACCACUUCCCAUGACAAAUUUACCAGAAACUUAUAAGAAAAGUCUCCUUUUCCCUUUGCUUUC